GUUUUUAAACACAGACAGACGUUGAACUUGUUGAAAUACCUUGUAAUAAAAAAUGGGAUCAUGAGAAAUUGGUAACACAGUGCUCGCAGAACUAAAAGUUUGUAAAAAAGUCAUGCAAAAAAUAUUUAUAUCCAGUCCCGUGACACAAUUUGUUGAGAAUCACUGACUGUUGUGACUAGACGUCAAUAAAAGUUAGGUUAUUUGUAAACAUUUGUAAACGUUGUAAGAUGCACAACCAGCCGAAACUUAUCGAACUGCGCCCCAAUCGGGCCCUCCUGAAUUCCAAUUUCGACGGCUACAAGUUAAGUCUGGCCCAAAUUCCCACGGUUACGAAAGAAUUGAAAGUCCCAGUGGAUCGACUGGUGCCCGACAUAAACCAGUAUUCUCUGCUACAUGCCAAACUCUACGCCCUCCACAACCACCUAGUCGGCGAAAGCGAUGACUCAGAGUCCAUUUACUUCAUCGACAAGGACCUCCACGUCCAAAAAUUCACAAUUGAAGCCCUAACUAGCCACUUCUCAAGUGUGACUUUGUGGAAGGUGCCGCUCCAAAGAGAGAGAAACCCUGGCGACUAUAACGUUUCGAUGAAGCUUGUGACUGAUAAGAUUGCCGUGGUGGCGGAUGGAAUGGGGUAUUUGUAUGUUGUAGACCGAGGUUCUAGGGAUGUAGAUGAAAAGUGGAAAGUGAUUUUCACGGGGGAUGUGACAGGGCCUGGAGAAAAGUUUGUGAUUACUGAUGUGGUCUACAAAGAAGAGCAAAAGCCAGAGUUGCAUUUAUUGUUGACUACUAUAAGACAGAAGGAGGAAAAUGAGAGACAUUCCACGGUGUUGCACUGGGUGACUUUGGAAAAAACUGAUGUUUGGAAUCAGGUUGCUAUUAGAGAGCUAAGUGUUAGUGGGUUUGUCCAGUAUGCAAAUUUAGAGCGCAGUUGUGACGCGCUCUAUGUGAUAAGUGAUACCGGGUGUAAGUUUGUUUUGGAUUCAGAAAAUGAAAUUCGUGACACUCAGGAAGUUCAAGUUGAGACUGAGAAGAAAUACAAAUGGGGGCAAGGAAGCGACGAUGUUACUUUGAAGUUUAGUCUUUGUGAAAAUAUUAGCAAGAAUUUAGUUACUGUGGAAGUCCAGGCUACACAAAUUAAGGUUAAAUACGGCGAUGAAGUUCUUCUAGAGGGUUUUUUGCAUCAAAGGAUCGACUCAGACAUGACUUGUUGGACUGUCAUGGGUGAUACAUUAGAGGUUGUUUUGCAGAAGUCUGAAAGUGGCUUGAUGUGGCCUGAGGUUGUUGUAGGAGACACACUUGGGGAGUAUGUGCCAGAUCCUGCUUUAGUGGAUGACGUCGUGGAGAGGUUGGCACCACUUACAAGCGACAUUGAGGCCACACCUCCAUCCGGGGCCACUUUUAACAGCCAGCAAGUGGAAGAGUGUGACUUCGAGUGCGACAAGCUGACCAUUUUGGAACGCCUGUCCCGAAAUUCGCACAACAUCACCCACAAAGUGAAUUUGGGGUCACAUCAAGUACUCUUAACUGUCAACUUGGACAAUCAAUCGCCAUUGGCUGUAGCAGUUCGUAGUGACGUAGACGCCUGCAUUUGGCAACCCCAAUGGAUUUCAGACGACUUUGUAGUCGAACAUCGGGGUACUUUGCUAGCGCUAGGAUACAUUCAAGCUUCAAAGCAACAAAUGAAAUUUUUUGCGUGUUCCCCGGACUUAAGUUACUCUGUAAUAUGCGAAUCAACGAAACAUAUUUUCAUUUAUUGUCAAAACAAGAGUAUUGGAUCAGGUGAAUUAAAAAAUCGAAUAACCGGACGCCGAAUUACCACGAUGGCGCAACAACAAGUAUACAGCUUACCUAGUAACGACGAAAUCCUGGGUGUAUUUGCGUCAAAUACUUACUUAUAUGUACUGGGAGAAAAUUUUAUUACAGCCUUGAAGUUGUAGUAAUUUUUUAAUAACGACAAUAAAUCACAGAAAUCAA